GGAAAGGAGCCAUUUGUUCCUGACACUCACAGAGAAGAAACCAAGCCAGUGAGUAGAGGAGCAGGGGAGACAGAAGGGAUAACCAUGAUGGCCAUAGCAGAGUUCCAGAAGAUCGGUGUUGGUCUGAUGGGAUUUGGUUUUUUUUUCCUGCUCUUCGGAGUGCUGCUGUAUUUUGACUCCGUACUGCUGGCCUUCGGGAAUAUUUUGUUUUUGACUGGUUUGAUGUUCAUCAUUGGACUCAGGAGGACAGCCCACUUCUUCUUCCAAAGACAAAAGUUUCGGGGUUCUUUCUUCUUCCUGGGAGGCGUGUCUCUGGUGCUGUGCCGUUGGCCAAUAAUUGGAAUGCUGCUGGAGAGUUAUGGCUUUGUGCUUAUAUUCAGGUCCUUCUUCCCCAUGGCCUUGGCAUUUAUGCUGUCAUCUGUGAACAUCCCUUACCUAACUGGAUUUUUCUCCAGCAGCUCCUCCAUGGUCUGAGCAGAAGAACAUGUUGCAGAAGGGAGGGAAUGCUGGAUGCCCUUUGACUGACUGUAAAUCCAAUACUGGGUUGGCAGAGGAGUACAACUGAUGAGUAACUGCACAAUUAUGAACUCUUGUUGUCAUUUAUGACCAGUGAGAAUAAUAUAUUUUUUACAAUGUAUUUUGUUUUGUACCAUAUAAGGUUACAGUUAUUAAUUAACAGUCAAAUGAUAAGUUGCUUUAAAGCUAAACUAAUUUAAAACCAUUGUUGUAAAAAUAAUGGUGUUCUCCAUCUAAUAAAUUACUGUUUUGUCUAACCAUGUUAUUAUCUUUUUGAAUUCUUUUUUUUUUUUACAGUUUUACAUACUGUAUAAUAUUCCCGGAGGGUGUGUUUAUGGGACCAUCAUUCCUCAUUCCAAAAAAGUAAUCAUAUGAUUUAAUCGUACAAAGCCUUAUCUCCUCAGGCAGGUCCUUCCAAAGCCAAGGGGCCCCGAUGGCAAAAGCAUGGUCACCUUUAGUUUGAGCUUCAACUUUAAAACAGCCAGAAGGGGCUCCACACUGGGAUCUAAAGCUGCGAGCUGGCUUAAGAGGGCUCAACAUUUCUGCUAUAUAUCAUGGGGCCAGACCCAGCUGUGCUUUUAAGUGAUCAGUAAAAUCUAAAAAUGAUUUCUUAAACGAACAGGGAGCCAAUGGAAAGAAGCCAGGAUCGGGAUGAUGUGAUGUCGUCUGUCAUGCUUUAUACAAACAAAUGCCAAAGGGCACCUAAAUGGGACUGAGGGUUUGGGGGACUGAAUAAUAUGAUUUGGACUUUGAGUUAUUUAGCUUAAGAAAAUGUUGUGUCAUCCAACAGUUGAUAUCACUAGGACAGUCUAAAAUAGCAGCUAGGCUUCUUGGGUCAACAGGUCUCAAGGGAAGGUGUAUCUGUGUGUAAUCUGCGUAGCAAUGAAAAGAGACGUCAUGACGUUGGAUGGUUUGUCCAGGUGGGAGCAUUUAUAUGGAAAAUAAAAUCGGACCUUUGUAGUGUAUUUUAUCAUAUUCUGCUAUACCUUGUUGUACUGAGGCCAUGAAGUUGUUGCAUGCUGUGUGAUGUUGGGAGUCCUAACAAUGACCUCAUGAACAACACACGACAUGACAACCUUGUUUAUAGUGAUGUUUACACAGACGAAGAGUCUAGGUACUCAGGAACUGCCCUAACAAUGACCUCAUGACCUAUAUACGACAUGACAACCUUGUUUAUAGUGAUGUUUACACAGAUGGAAGAUUCUAGGUUCUCAGGAAAAGUGUAUGUUUCAAGGUGUCUGAAUGAUGUAUGUACUGCUCAAUAUGUUUUAUGCCUUUGUGCACAUUGAGGGGAUGCACAACACAGAUAUAAGUUCAGACUGAAGGCUGAGAGCCUCAGUCCAUGCUGAAUCUCUGUAUGGGCUCCAUUCUGCGCAGAAUG